CGCGCGCGGGCGGGCGGGCUAUGGCGCAGGCGGGUUGCGGGGCCGGCGCUGGUGGCGGGGCCCGGUGCAUGGCGGUCUGUCGGCGGAAUCGCCCUCAGGGACUGUCAGACAGCUCUCCCCAAGCCCGUGGUGACCCCAAGCUGAACUGCAGAAACAAUUCAGAUUGACCUUCAUCCUGUCUGUGCUAACUUGCUUCUUGGUGCAAAGCUUACCCCUAGGAUGAUCCUUCCAAAAUGCCUCGAUUCUGGACUUUCCAUUCACUGAAGAUUUGUGACCCACAAGGAAAUCUCUGACCUCGGCUGUGGCUCUCGGUGCUGGCCAGAAGCCAACUUCAUGUCUGAGCGCAGGAGCAGCCGUUUGCCAUGGAGAGCUUGGGGCUGCAGACAGUGACCCUCAGCGACGGGACGACAGCCUACAUCCAGCAAGCUGUCAAAGGAGAGAAGCUGCUCGAAGGGCAAGUGAUCCAGCUCGAGGACGGGACCACUGCAUACAUUCACCAAGUGACAGUACAGAAAGAAUCUCUCUCCUUUGAGGAUGGACAGGCAGUGCAGCUGGAAGAUGGCAGUGUGGCCUACAUACACCGCACACCCAAAGAGGGUCAUGACCCCAGUGCACUGGAGGCCAUCCAGCUGGAGGACGGCUCCACCGCCUACAUCCACCACCCUGUGGCUGUGCCGCCAGACGGCACCAUCCUGGCUGUGCAGACAGAGGUGGGCUUGGAGGACCUGGCAGCGGAAGACGAGGAGGGCUUCGGUGCAGACACGGUGGUGGCCUUGGAGCAGUAUGCAAGCAAGGUUCUGCACAACAGCCAGGCUCCCCACAAUGGCAAAGGGCAGCAGGUUGGAGACAGAGCUUUUCGCUGUGGCUACAAGGGCUGUGGGCGCCUCUACACCACUGCACAUCACUUAAAGGUGCAUGAGCGAGCUCAUACUGGUGACCGUCCAUACCGGUGUGACUUCCCCAGCUGCGGAAAGGCCUUUGCCACAGGCUACGGGCUGAAGAGCCACGUUCGUACACAUACGGGUGAGAAGCCAUACAAGUGCCCCGAGGAGCUGUGCAACAAGGCCUUUAAGACCUCAGGAGACCUGCAGAAGCAUGUCCGGACCCACACUGGUGAACGCCCGUUCCGGUGCCCUUUCGAGGGCUGUGGCCGCUCCUUCACCACGUCUAACAUCCGCAAGGUACACGUGCGCACCCACACAGGCGAGCGGCCCUACACCUGCCCUGAGCCCCACUGUGGCCGUGGCUUCACCAGCGCCACCAACUACAAGAAUCACGUGCGCAUCCACACAGGGGAGAAGCCAUACGUUUGCACGGUGCCGGGCUGCGGGAAGCGCUUCACUGAGUACUCAAGCCUGUACAAGCACCAUGUGGUGCACACGCACUGCAAGCCCUACACCUGCAGCAGCUGUGGCAAGACCUACCGGCAGACGUCCACCCUGGCCAUGCACAAGCGCAGUGCCCACGGCGAGCUGGAGGCCACCGAGGAGAGCGAGCAGGCCCUGUAUGAGCAGCAGCAGCUGGAGGCCGCCUCUGCAGCUGAGGAAAGCCCGCCACCCAAAGGAGUCCAUAUCGCUUACCUUUCCGAGGUGAAGGAGGAAGGUGACGACGUCUCGGCCCAGGGGGCCACGGUGACCGAGGAGGAUGGAGCCCCCCAGGUGGCUCUGAUCACUCAGGAUGGUGCCCAGCAGGUCAGCCUGUCCCCAGAAGACCUGCAGGCCCUGGGAAGUGCCAUCAGCGUGGUGACCCAGCAUGGCAGCACCACCCUCGCCAUCCCCAGUCAUGACGCUGACUUGGCCACAUCCAGCACACAUACGGUCACCAUGGUCAGCGCUGAUGGCACGCAGACGCAGCCCGUCACCAUCAUUACCUCCGGGGCUGUGGUGGCCGAGGACACGCGUGUAGCGUCCCUUCACCAUCAACAGGUGGCACUGUUGGCCACAGCCAACGGAACCCACAUUGCAGUGCAGCUGGAGGAGCAGCAGACCUUGGAGGAGGCCCUCAGUGCGGCCACCGCUGCCAUGCAGCGAGGGGCUGUGACCCUGGACACAGCGGUGACGGAGAGCGGCUGCUGAGGCAAGAGGGCAGGCGCACACACCGAGCUGGGGGAUGUGCCACCCGUGCGGGCGGCCCUGCCUCGAGGGCCCAGCCUGUGGCUGACACGUGGAAGGCGGCCGCAUAGGUCUCUAGGGUGGACAAGCAGCCAGAAAGCGGCCCAGCUGAAGAGCUUGGAGGCCCUGCCCGCGAGAAGGGCCCCGAAGCAGGCAGCAGGAGCCGAGGAGUGAACAAGCCUGGCGCCAGGCUGCCCUGGGUGCCCGCUGUCCUCCCUGAGGAGGACACUCCCUUGUUUUAGUCCACUCCUCUUCUCAGGUGGAAAGUGAGGCUGUGGUGGGGACCAGCCUCCACCCGAACUGGUCUCAGCACACAGGGGCAGAGGCAGGCCGCUCUGCCCCUCCCAGCAAUAACCUCCUCCCCGGAGGCCAGCUGAGGAGCCUGGUCCCUUGGCACUGGGCUUCCUGCCACCACAGUCAGAAUUAAUUGCUCAGGGGCCUGUGGCUGGAGUAUAGGUGCCCAGCUCCCACCCCACCCCCACCCCCGCUGCCCCCUAAUCUCUAUGGCAGAGAGGCAGGGAGUUGCCCCGUACACAGACCGCUGGGACUGGGUUUCAUUUGUUUUGUGGUAUUUUUUUUUAAAUUCCACUUUGACAAUUAUUUUUUUUUUCCUGCUCUGGGCGGUGGUGGCAACUGGGUGAAUGAGUAUUUAAUAAAAGUUCCAAGUUUCCA